CAGUUUCUCUUUCUCUUUCGAGAGCGAGCCCGAAGAGCCUUCGAAUUCCAAAGAACUCGAAAGGGAAACCCUAACCCUAGUUUUGCCCUCAUUUCGAUCGAGGUUUUGAGGAUGGUGGAGGCUGUGGAGCGUGGAUCUUUCAUGGAGAAGAUCAAUGAGAAGAUUCACGAGUACAAGGAGUCGUCUUCUUCGGAUUCUGAAGGCGAGCCGCCGAGUUUCCGGAAGAAGCGCUUGUUUGGGAGAAAGGAGCCUGUGCAUGCUGUUCUCGGAGGGGAAACUGCUGAUAUUGUAUUGUGGAGAAAUAAGCAGUUAUCUGCAAGCAUACUUGCUGGUGUGACCGUUCUCUGGCUUCUUUUUGAAUGCAUGGGCUACCACCUACUUACUUUUGUCAGCCAUUCUCUUAUACUAGCGCUGGCAGUGUCAUUUAUCUGGUCCAAUGCAGCUGCAUUCUUGAACAGAGCUCCACCAAAAUUUCCAGAGGUUAUGUUGUCUGAGGAGUUGUUUCUAAGCAUAGCUCAUACUAUUAGAUAUGAAAUCAAUGAGGCUUUUGCAACCUUUCAGUAUGUUGCUUCUGGAAAAGAUUUAAAGAAAUUCUUGAUGGUCAUUGCUGGCUUGUGGAUUGUUUCUGUAGUCGGUAGUUGGUUUAGUUUCCUAACUCUAUCUUACAUUGUUUUUGUUCUUCUCUACACAUUGCCUGCACUCUAUGAGAACUACGAAGAUCAGGUUGACACCGCUGCUGAGAAGGCCAUGGUCGAAAUUAACAAGAAGUAUGCAAUUUUAGAUGCCAAGUUUCUCCAGAAGAUUCCUCGAGGACCAUUUGCUGAUAAGAAACAGCAAUAAGUAACUGAUGAAAUUUCUGUUUGAUUUCAACCCUCUUUCGAGAUUAUAUUCAACAUCCUUUCGGUA